UCGUACCAUUCAUGAUAUGCAGAUUCCCGUUACCGCCGAGUCUGUUUAUAGGCAACACUUUUAAUAAAAGUUUUUGUACAUGACUGGCCAGAAUGUUUUUAUCUCGGUCGAUUAUUGCAGUUGCCAGCUUCAUCUGCCUAAUCCAUGCUGCAUCGGCGUACACCUCAUUGCUGUCACGUAUGUUCAGUCCAAAUCCGAGCGAAUGUCCACCGGGAGACGUUCGUUGUAACGACGGGCGGUGCAUCAUGAAGGGAUGGGUGUGCGAUGGACAAAAAGACUGCAAAGACGGCAGCGAUGAACAGGAUUGCCCGCGCCCAACUUGUACCCCCCACCAACACGCUUGCGAUGGGUCAUGUAUUCGUUUGGAAUGGCGUUGUAAUGGCCGGAAGGACUGCGUAGAUGGGACAGAUGAAAUUCCGACCAAUUGUGCACUGACAUGUCCUCCUUCCGACUGGAAGUGCGCAAAAAGCCAAAUGUGCAUUCCACAGAGUUGGCGCUGUGACGGUGCCGCCGACUGUCCGAAUCGCGAAGACGAGGAUCUGUGCCCACAUCUGUAGAUAACUUAUUUACGAAUAAAGGUUCAGAAUCAUUUUGUCGAAUAUACGCGUACAGUCUUACAUUAGAGCCUCUCUGCCGCAGAGUUGACAUGCUCCCUUUGAUAACGCUUUAAGAUUGUACGUAAAUUUCUCCAUUAUAACUUUCUGUUUAUCUUUCAUGUUUUUCUCUCUCUGGUAACUUUGUAGGUACCGGUACUUUGUUUGAAUACAUAUUUAUUGUAGCUUCAGAACAAGUUAU